AUGACAAUUGAUCCAAGUACAAUAUCGGCGGCUACUACUCCAUUUGCACUUAUCGACGAAUACAGUGCUAUUGAAACUGAAAAAGAAAUUUUAUUUUCAAUGCAUACUGUUUUUCGUGUCGACGAUAUCAAACAAUCAGUUAGCAAUAGUCGUCUGUGGAAAGUUCAAUUGAGUCUUACCGGCGAUAAUGAUCCAGAAUUGGCUAGCCUGACGCAAAACAUAAAAGGGGAACUCUUUGGGUCUACACGAUGGCAUCAGUUGGGCCAUCUAAUGCUCAAAGUGGGUCACUACAAUCAAGCUGAAGAACUCUACAAUGAAUUACUCAAGAACACUUCCAGUGGCAGUGAUAGAGCAGAUAUUUAUCAUAUGCUUGGAUUCUUAAAAAAUAAUAAAGGACAAUACCAAGAAGCAGUCUCAUUUUAUGAAAAGUCACUCGAAAUCAAGAGAAAAACUCUUCCGGAAGAUCAUUCUUCAUUGGCUCCUACCUACACUGAAAUUGGUCGUGCGUAUAACAACAUGGGUGACUACUCGAAAGCACUUGAAUUUUACGAAAAAGCACUUAAAAUUAAAGAAAAAGCUCUGCCUCCGAAUCAUCCCGAUUUGGCUACUUCAUACAACAACAUCGGUCUAGUGUAUAACAACAUGGGUGACUACUCGAAAGCACUUGAAUUUUACGAAAAAGCACAUAAAAUAAGAGAAAAAGCUCUGCCUCCGAAUCAUCCAGAUUUGGCUCAGUCCUACAACAAUAUCGGUCUAGUGUAUAACAACAUGGGUGACUACUCGAAAACACUUGAAUUUUACGAAAAAGCACAUAAAAUAAGCGAAAAAGCUCUGCCUUCGAAUCACCCUCAUUUGGCUACUUCCUACAACAACAUCGGUGGAGUGUAUAACAACAUGGGUAACUACUCGAAAGCACUUGAAUUUCACGAGAAAUCACAUCAAAUCUACGAAAAAGCUCUGCCUCCGAAUCAUCCCGAUUUGGCUACUUCCUACAACAACAUCGGUCUCGUGUAUUACUACAUGGGUAACUACUCGAAAGCACUUGAAUUUUACGAAAAAGCACUUAAAAUAAGAGAAAAAGCUCUGCCUCCGAAUCAUCCAGAUUUGGCUCAGUCCUACAACAACAUCGGUGCAGUGUAUAACAACAUGGGUGACUACUCGAAAGCACUUGAAUUUCACGAGAAAUCACAUAAAAUCUACGAAAAAGCUCUGCCUCCGAAUCAUCCCGAUUUGGCUAUAUCGUACUGGCACUUCGGCUCGAUAAAUGAGAAGAUGCAUAAAUAUUCGGAGGCACUUUCAUUUUUAGAAAAGACACUUUCUAUCUUUAAAAAAUCACUUCCGUCUAGCCAUCCUCAUAUUCAAUCCGUGAGAAACGCGAUUGACAAUGUAAAAAAGAAAAUGUAA